AUGGCGGAUAGUUCUCAAACGAGAAGCGGUUCAAAUAUUACAAAACUUCUCGAAUUUUUUCAUCUUUGCGAAAAAUUAAAGACAACAAAACGCACAGGAUGGAUAUACAAUAAUGUAGAAAAUCCUGAAUCAAUAUCUGAUCAUAUGCAUCGCAUGUCCAUAUUAUCAUUAUCAGUUAACGAUUCAGCCUUAGAUAGAGAUAAAUGUGUUAAAAUGUCUAUCGUUCAUGAUCUGGCCGAAGCUAUAGUUGGAGAUAUAACAGCUUCCGAUGGAAUAAGCAAGGAAGAAAAGAAACGCAGAGAAUCUGAAGCACUAAGGCAUAUGUGUGACGAUUUACUUGGAAACUCUCAACAAUCUCAAGAAAUUUACGCCCUUUGGCAAGAAUAUGAAGAUGCAAUAACAAAAGAAGCUAAAUUUGUUAAAGAUAUUGAUAAGUUCGAAAUGAUUCUUCAAGCUUAUGAGUACGAACAAUCCCAAAAUAAAGAUCUUGAAGAAUUCUUUGAAUCAACAAAAGGAAUAUUUACUCAUCCAGAAGUUAAAUCUUGGGUUGAAGAAUUAUAUAAGAAUCGUAAAGCUUCAAAACUAAAAGUUGCGUGA